UUCAGUGUUGUUACUUCAGUCAUUUUUCUGACCAGGAGCAAUGGCGGAGGGCAUAGAACUUGCGUCAAUGAGUUCUAGGUAUUUUUGCCAUGGCUGCUCCAGGGAGGUUACUGUUUCACCUAUUCACACGACAGAACUGACAUGCCCUGAAUGUUCCGGAGAAUUCCUUGAAGAAAUGUCAAGAGAUCUCUUUGAUGCUGAUGAAGAAUAUGUUUCAGAUGUAGAUGAGGAAGACUUAGCUCUUAUAAAUGGUCUUAGAUUUGGAAGUUGGAUUCGUAGGACUUUCUCGAAUGUUGCCGACGAUCUUUCAGAAUCAUAUGAACCAGAACCAGAGCAACGAGAAUCAUUAGAAAACAGAGCUCUUCGAGAAGCUUUAUUAGAUGAUGAUCCUGCUGACAGUCAAUUUCUACGUUUAAGGUAUUUAGGAGAUUAUCUUUUUGGAGAUGAUAUAGAUGCUUUAGCCACACAGUUAUUAAAUGAAGCUGAAAUUUCUGGGCCACCUCCUCUUCCACAAGAACAAAUCAAACAACUGCCAAUUAUAACUGUAACAAAGGAACACGUUGAUAAAGGAGUACAAUGUACAGUAUGUAUGAAUGAUUUUCAUCCAAGAGAAAAAGCAAAAUGUCUGCCAUGUGAACACUUUUAUCAUGAAAAAUGUAUUACUCCCUGGCUUGAAAGGCAUCGAACGUGUCCAAAUUGUCGAAAGGUAGUGGAUAUGCAGUCCAGCAGGAGUAGGCGGUCUCGUAGUUGCCCAAGAACUACUGCCAAUUCUGGAAGUUCAAAUGCAGAAAGCCGAAGAUUUUCCGGUUCCACUCAUCUAACAGACUUCGUCAGAACCAGUAUGAAUCCUUUUCGGUUUUUGUAAAUUUGUUUACUAGUAUAAUUGGUAUAUAUAAAUUCUUGUAUAAAACGAACAUUUUAGUGUUUAAAAAGAUGCUUUUGUACAGUUUUUGAAGAGUUUAUACCACUGUAUUAAUUUUAAACCUUGAAAUAUAGAUUCCUAAGUUUUGAAGUUUCUGUCUCAGAAAAAAUGAGUUACAAAGGUUUAGUUCCCACCUCCCUUGAUAUUAUCUGUCCUUGUUUGAAAGUGUUUUUUGAGAUAAUUUUGGUAUUUAAAUGCAUGAUUUGAAUUUUAAUUUUUCCAGUGAGGUGUUCAAAAAGUACAAGAUCUUUUUAUAAAAUCAUGCAUUCAGCAUGUGUAGGGAAAAAAAAAAUGUAAAAUGUAAAUUUAUUUUUAAAUGUGUAUUACUGUGCAUAGAAUUCAAUUUGUAAGUGCCAGGUUUUUUUGUUAUACAGGAUUUAUAUGCUUAAGGACUUGAUUUUGAAAAUCAUGGUCUGUCAAAAAAGAUUAUUUUUAAUGUAUAAUGUAUGUUUUUCUUAAUAAAGAUUUAAUUUCUGCAAGUACAUUUCUGUGUACUUAGAAUGAAAAUUUUAAAGGCAUUAUAACUGUAAUGUUUUUGAUGUAAUGAUGCAUCAGAUUUUUUAAUCGUUAUAAAUUUUUGAUUCCCCCCCCCUAAAGUUUUUGCUGACUUCAUAAUUUCAUUUCCAAUUCAUUGAAAUUAUAUUUUUUAAUUUAAAAAUCUAAAUGCAUCCCUUUUAUAAAAUAAUUUGAUGCUUGCAUAAGCAUCAUAUUUUAUAUAUAUAUAUAUAUAAGGGAAGUAUUUAUAAGUAAUAUUUUUCAAAAGGCAUUUUGAAAUAUUUUCGAUGCAAAGAAAGCAUGUGAACCCUGUAGUAAAUAAAGUUUGUUUCAUGCAAUGGUUAAAUUAUUUUUUCACUUAAAUCAAGGUGCUAAUGUCAGCUGUCUAGUAUUAUGAUGUUUCUAACAUUGCAGUAAAUUGUAUUUGAAGUAAUGUGUCUUUGUAAACCAAAUAUUGUGCUGUAUAUUUUAGAAGCUGUGAGUAAUUAUAUGUUAAAAGGUUUUUUUUUUUUUUUUUUUUUUUUUUUUUUUUUUGAAAAAUUGUGUUUUAAAGUAAAAAAUUUAGCAUUGAGAUACAAAUAAGGCAAUUUCUUUAAUUAAAUUUAAUAUUGAAAAUUAUUCUUGGAUCACCUAGUAUCUUCCUUUUUUCUUUUUGUUUGACUUAAAUAAAAUAAUCCUGAUAAUAUACAGUGGGUGAAAAAUAAUUUACUGCCUGAAAAUUGCUCAUAAAUGUAUCAGUCAUUUGUCAGUAGUGAUAAAAUAACAGUUUUAAUUUGAAAGAAGGAAUUGAGGUAUGCCUGUAAUGUUAAAAAUUUGAGUGUUCUGGGAUAUUGCCUAUUUGUUUCUGUUUAUUUUCUUGGAAAUAACUUCCAACUGAUUCCUUGUUGAAAAUUAAGAGAGCAUCAUUGCCAGCUGUUUACUGUAGUGAUUCAAAUUAAAACAUGAACAUCAUGAUCUUCUUUGUUCUUCACCGCUUGUAAUCAUUUCAGGAUAAAAUUUGAAGACUUAUUUUUAUUUAUUCAAGGACUGCAGUGAAUGAUGGUCAAUCUGUGCUCAUUCAACUCAGAAAUUGACAUUUAAUUUAAUAGACUCUUCCAUGAUAAGUCACAGAACCCAUGGAAACUAUUUUGUACUCACCUUUAUCAUAGCAACAUAGUCAGAAUCCAAAAGUUAUCUGUUAAGCUGUUCAUGGACAAUAAGUGAAAUGAAAUGGGUUAGUAUCUUUAUUUUGAGUUAAAGAUGUUCCAAGAUAUCCAUCUGGCAAAGCAUGCGGAAUGUUUGUUCUUCAGUCAGCUGGUAGAUAAGAAGAUGGUGUCUGUUCAAGACAUGCCUCAUCUUGGGAAUUUUUGCACACCAUUAAUACAGGCCAUGAUAAUUCACUUAAUGUCCUAAAAUGUGGUUUUCAAAGAUGAUGGAAUAUGUGUAAACAUUGAGUAAAAAAUGUCCUGGGACACCAUCUUUCAUAAAGACAUGAUCAUUGAAUUGUUGUAAUUGAACAUGGUAGCCAUAUCACAAAAUGAAAUCAUUUCAGUUCAACCCCUGUAAGUAUCACCAUUUUAUUUUAUUUUAUUUUAUUUUUUUUUUUUCCCAGUUAAAUAGAGUAAAUAAUGUAGUAGAUAGUAGAUAAUUUAAAAAGUAAUUUUCAAUAGGGAACUGUUAUCACUUACCAGGUAGUUGUUGGCAAUCCUCACUGUUAAGCAAGCUGAUGCCUCUGAUUUCAUAUCUUUAAUUCAAAGGUGCUUUGUUUUAUGAAUAGUUCAUUUUCUUUAUAUCAAAUAUAUGUAUGUUUGUAAGUGCUUGUUCAUGUUUCUAGUGCAUAGAAGAUCAUCAUUAGGUUAUUUAAACUUUAAAAGGAUCAUUCAGUAGAAUUUAAAAAUUUUAUGUGAAUAAGUGCCUUUUAUAAUUAAUCUAGCACAGUAGUGUACAGUGAAAAGAAAUGGUAUAUUUUAAUGGAAACUUUAAAUGUUAUUGCUGGCAGCAAACAUUUUGUCCUGAGCCUAUAAACUCAUCCUUGGGAUGUGUUAAGAUAAUGUCCUCAAAUUAAGGACAGGCUUAAAAUCUUUAAAAUAUACAGCUGUAUUCAUUUUUUUGGGGGGGGGAAUGAGAAAUUUGAUAUAUUGCACAUUAUUGUGCAUUACAAAAUAAAAUUUUAUUCUUACAUGCAUGCAGUGAUAUCUUAGAUCUGAAAUAUUCUAGCUUAAGAGCAUAAACUGUGAUUGUGCUGUUUCAUAAUUUGAGUAGGUGUGGUAGCUAGUUUGAUUCUAAAUAUAAUUAAAUUGAAGGGAUUUUGAAAGCUGUUGAUGAGUAGAAUACAUGUACAAAUAGGCUUUAUUGAGCAUUCUUUUGCUUGUAUUCAUUAUUAAUUGGUAGGCAUUGCUGCAGUUAUUCUGUAGAUUAUAAAAAUGGCCUCAAGAAAAAGAUUUUAUUGAAAUACAGUGUAUUAUUGGCCAGAAAGAAAUGGUUCAGAGUAUUCUAACUGGUGUGAUUAAUAAUUUGAUAUUGGUGUGUGAGGAACUUAAAAUUCUGUUUAAAAAAAAAAAGUCUUCCAAAAGUUUCUAUUGUAAAAUUAUCACUAAGCCUCGGUACCUAUAAAAGGCAAUAAAAUUAUUUCUCAUUGACAGACAUUACAUUAACAUAUUAGAAACAUAAAUUUGAAGAAUACAUACUCGAUUAAACUAGAAAAUUUAUAGUUCCCAUGUUUAAUUAUAAAAUUAUUCAAGAAUUUUCUUGUAUACAUUUAUUCAUCAUCACCAGUUUUAUCUGUUGCUUUUAAAUUUUGUGUAUCACUUGGAGAAUUUUUUUUUUUUUUUUUUUUUUUCCUUUCCUGUGUGAAUAGUUACCGCAUCAUGCUGACAUUACUGUUAUAGUUUUAUCAGUUGAUAGAAAAUACGAUUUAAAUUGCUUUUAUUAUUUUGUAAUAUUUGAAAUUUUAAAAUAAAUUAACUGAUAUUUAUUUGUCUUCAUUAAUGUUAGACAUUUGGUUUGACUGGAUUUUCAAGCAGGAAAAUUUGUUUUACAUGCUGCAAUUAGAAUACUAUUUUAUUUUUAGAUACUAGAGAUGUAUUUUUUCAGUUUUCAUGUUUAAAAGUAGCGUUUUAUCAUGAACUUUCCGGUGUUUAACAUGAGAACUUGGAAUAAUUGCAGUUAUUUAGUCUAGCAAGUGUAAAAAUGUCAGUGAGUGUUUGUUAUUCAUGUAAAUGCACAGAUUUUAUAAAUACAGAUUUUCUUUUUGUUUUUAUUUCUUAGCUAAUCUUUGAAACUAGUGAAUUGAAUGUCAUUUUUAGCAAAUAUUUCUCCUUUUGGGGGGGGG